CUGCUUUCAGUCUGUUAUUGCUAUCCACGCGGACAGUUGUUACGCGCGCGCCCCGUUCUACUAUCCGCGCUACGAACCAGUCCAGUUGUGCCGCCGCUCGUCGAUCGCCGCACGUUUAGGUGAAUUUGUUUGUUUUUUGGCGCGGUGUUCAAAAUGCUCCUCUGUGGAAGGACUGUGAUUGGUUUAGUGGCGACGAUUGUCGCGGUGACAGUUUCCGGUUUUACUGCUAUCGAGUGAGUGGGGUUCAAUUCCGAGUGACUUCGGGUAGGACGCACCUACCCAGCUGUGGAAGAUCGUAGUGCAGUUUCCGUAGAAAGAAUUCUAGAGAAGAUUUCCAAGAUGCAAGAAGGCCGAGUGUGAAGUACGUUGUAGGAAGAAACCCGUAGGCUAGAACAAGUGACGGAUCGAGCGCAAAUAUUCAAGUGAUAAUUAACGCCGCAUAAAGUAACUCGAACGAGGUGCGAUCGACCUCGAGUUAAUUAACUCGAUCAACAAGUGGAUGUUGCCGUAAACGUGACCGAGCGAAAGAAGUGUCACUUCCAUUUGUCUGCGAUCAACUUUUAUAAUUAAUUAAUUAGCUCCCGCAAAAGGUGACUCCGGCGAGCAAGCGAUCGAGUGAAUGUGUCGUUCAAUAACUGGAAAGCUUCAGGGAAUCGACUACCGUGCGCUCGCGUGCAAGUGUUUGAAUGUCAAUUAAACUCACAUUAGCCCGCUGGUGACAAGUGACAAGUGGUUGAUGCGGGUUCAGCGCAGAGCGUCUUUCGCAAGUCCGGUGUGACCUUGGAACAUAUUAAUGUAACGCCUGAACCAGGAAGACCGAAUCUUUGAGAACGCUCAUAGUGCGGUGAAACCUUUCCGAGAGGUGAACCGGAAGGAACAGAGCGCAGUCAACGAAACGGAAGAAGACGCAAAGCCAGAGCAGUGUGGUGUUUUCGCUGUGUCCCAUAUGAUGUUGAUUGGAUCGGCGAUCGGGAGUGAGUUCGCACAGCUGCCGACCAGUGGAGCCGCCCCGUGGAGUAUGGAACCACCGCCGAGGGUACCCGGGUCCGGUUUGCCCGGUCAGCAACCGCCGGGUCCUCCACCGCCACCGGCAGGUUUGCAGCUAUCGCCCACCGUUGGCCUCUCACCGAAUCUCCCCUCGCCCGGGGCCGUGCCCCCUUCGUCCACGAACCUGUUUGGAGCAGCAGCGGCAGCGGCCGCCGCCGCAGGCCACCCGGCCGCCAACGCGCAAACCCUCGCCGGUCUAAUGUCGCAGCACCGACUGCUGGAGCUGUCCCGAUUCGGGCUGCGCGGUUACGAUCUGGCGCAGCAUAUGCUCACGCAGCAGGGUGCCGUGUCCAAAUUGCUCGGUACCCUGCGACCACCCGGUCUGAUCGGUGGGUCCAAGCCGAAAGUGGCGACACCGGCCGUCGUCUCCAAAAUCGAACAGUACAAACGGGAGAACCCGACCAUCUUCGCCUGGGAAAUCCGGGAACGUCUCAUCUCGGAAGGCGUCUGCACCAACGCAACCGCACCCUCCGUCUCCUCCAUCAACCGAAUCCUGCGAAACCGAGCAGCGGAACGAGCAGCCGCCGAGUUUGCCCGAGCGGCCGGCUACGGUCUCUACCCGCCACCCCCGUACGGAGGCUUUCCCUGGCCCACGCCGGCGCAUCUAUGGCCCCCGGGACAAUCGCUACCGGGGAUGACCCCACCCGGUAGCAGUUCCAACUCCACUCCUGCCACCAUCGGCUCGCCGGGAAGUGGCUCGCAUGACACCCUCGGCAGUCCGGACGGCAAUCGACUGAUCGGUGAGUAUGAUAUCGAGGGUGAGGAUUCCAACAGCCUGGACGGCGACCAACCAAAGUUUAGACGCAAUAGGACCACCUUCACGCCCGAGCAGCUCGAAGAGCUGGAGAAAGAGUUCGACAAGUCGCACUACCCCUGCGUGAGCACCCGAGAGCGCCUGGCGUCCCGAACAUCACUCAGCGAAGCCCGCGUACAGGUUUGGUUUUCCAACAGACGGGCGAAAUGGCGACGUCAUCAAAGAAUGAAUCUUUUAAAAAGGUCCAGUUCGCCGAGUUCCCGAGCGGCAGCGGCAGCGGCAAGUUCCGCUUUCACCCCUGGUUCCCCGCCACCACGACCGGGCUCGGGAUCGGCAUCGGCCACCGGAGUCCACCCGCCACCACUGGGAGCGGUAGCCCAUCACCAAAACCAGUCAACCUCACCGGUGGCGUCGCACCUGGCGGCGUCCCAGGCCCAUGCCCAAGCGGCGGCAGCGGCAGUGGCAGCAGCUCAGGCGGCAUCAUUAGUCACAGCAUCAACUCCAUUAUUAAUGGGCGGUGAGCAUAGUGCGUUCCGCUCGUUGGUCCCGACCUCGGCGGCAGCCCUGUUUGCCGGCCUGUCCCGUUCGUACGCCGCCACAGCGGCCAGCUGUUCGUCCAACCCGUCCGCCAGUCCGGUGCCCAGCGAUUCCGACGAGGAGAUCAACGUCCACGAUGACGAGUCCGACAUUGAGGUCUCGAGUCGGAACGGGGCCGGCGAUGGCUCGAUGACAUCCACCACCCCGCUGCAGCUGACCAAACACGAACGGCAUUAGAGGCACGCGCGAAGAGGCAAAACAAUUCCUCCUCCUACUCCUGGAUAGGUACGGUAGAAGUAGACUAUUUAAUUGUAUUUCUUUGAAUGGAACUCCUCUUGAAACUUUUCCUAAAGUUUGUAAAUAACCCUUACUCCAAAAAGCAAGCAAGCCCGUCCUAGCAUAAACCUAUGGUGCAAUUUCCGAUAUCUUUCCGAUGGCUCCCAUUCGUGAACGCAAUCCCUUGUGUUAGUUAGAAAGAAAAGAGGUUUCAACAUGGCCACGCACAGCCGCAAACCCGCACCCGUCGACGAGCGCAUUUAGCGAAACCUUAGAAAUAUUGAAUACCGACCGGCGCGACGGACAAGGCGCAAGCACGAUUACCCCUCUUUUACUGGCAGUUGCUGGUUGGUGUCGUUGUCAAUGAUGGACGCACCACGUUUGUGCCUAUGUACCGAAAUGGGAAGAGCGACGAAUGCAAACAGUCAAUGCACGGCAGCCAUGAAUCAGCUGAAUGUGGCACUGCCUUAUAGGUUACGUACGAUGGUCGAACCGUUGGCGAUGAUGAUGGUCAGACGCAAAUGAAGUAGGUUGUCAUCUGUCUGCACAGAAACUUAGCUUCGAUGGCGUUCAGGCGGGGAAUGACAAUCAGCGGGAACAAACUGGAAUGGAAUUGAUUUAUAUAGUGAGAAUAUGAUAUUUUCGAAAUUACUAACCGUAAUGGUGUGACUAUAUUCAAAACAUAUCAAUUAUAGAACUCCGAAGAGUCUCUAUCUGAAAUUCAUAAUGAUGGAAGCAUGAAUUCACAUGAUUCCAUUUCCGGAAUCUAGAGAGGGUCUAAUUCGAGCUUAAGUUACGAUUUUAAUAAAAAGCUAUUAGACAUAGACAAGCUUGUUCGAUUCAAAUUGUUUCCUGUCCGUUGUCUCAUGCAGGUGUUAAGUUAAGAUUUCUGUCUUUUAUAUAAAUAACAAAUCCUUGCGAAACAGAAGCGAACCCGUUAAUUUGUCAUUAGUACGCUUACAAAAUUUUGCUGUCUUCUCACUCUUCGUUUUGAGCAUCAUCAAUCUCGCCACAUUUUUCAGUAAACUCGAAAUGUGAACUUGUCACGCAAUUCCCUUCAAACAAAUUAGGCACUUCAUUUUCCUCGCUCGUAGAACGCUCGCAGUUUUAAGUCGGUCGAUAUUCAAGCAUUCACUCUAAGGUUUGUGAACUUGUAAAUAAUUGCAAAAUAUAACAUCGGUUUUGCGCGCUUUUAAAUGAAUUCAACGUACCGUGAAAUUGAGCGUUUUUACCAACAAAUGGGGAGCCAUCAUAAGACAUCGGAAAACAUAAUUUAUCAUACAACUAAUUAGCUCUAGUUAAAACAAAACAAACCACGCGUUAAUAAGCGAAGCAAACGGAGGCACACCACGCACUGCUGUAGCGGUUGUCGAAUGUAAAAAGAAAUGGGAAACCCUCGUUUAGGGGUUCCACCACACAGCUACUAUUAGAUCACCUAAGCCUAGAUCCCUAAACUGCAAACACCACUGACUGUCGCUAUAUUGAAGCUAGUGCGGCAGCCAGUCGGUGCAAAUGUGAAUAAAUGACUCCACCUCUUGUCGCGCUCUCAUUCGCGAGCGGUAAUAAACUCGUUAUCAGAAAUGGCUUGCAAACUAAGCAGAGGAGAAAAAAAAUACGGAAAAAAAAGUUGAGGACCCCAUUAUGGGAGUGGUGAUGAUAAGCGAAAUGAUAAUGAUGUUGUACCCAGCUGGUGGACGACAUACGACCAGCAUCAGAUAAACGCAGGUCCGCUCCUAUUUUAGGUAAAUGAAUUGAGUUGUUGUGGGUCGAGUCACGAGUAGAUAAACAAUUCAUAAAAAAAAUCGGAGGAAAUGUGUAAAUAAUGGCGAACGAGCGAACCGCGAUGAGAGCAAGAGCAAACACACAGAUAUGCAAAGUAUUAAGUUAAUUAAAUUAUCUUAUUUUAUUUAGAGGCGAUAAGUAGAAACUGCGAACUGUACGAAGCGGAAAGCUAUGAAGGCAGAAUUAAUCGCUAAAGAGAGAAAGGAAGCAAACCUGUAGAAAUGAGUUAAUUAAUGACGAACCCAGUGAUGAUCGUUUGUGUUAAGGGGGUAGAAAUUGAUGGAGAUGAUAACUUGGGAGAAAACCGUGUUAUUAGCUUGUAAGUAAUGAAAUUUAUUUUGAUGACGAGAUAAAGGAAGAAUAUGUUGAAAAUAUGAA